UUGACACUGUGAUGGAUCUGAGGGCUCUUGUGAUCAUCUCUGCGCUCUUACUCGUGACUAAUGGAAAUAGCCAGACUCCAAAUUAUACCCAAACUGGAAACUACACUGUCAGCUCCAUCUCCCUGACUAGCAGUCCUGUGACGAUUGCCACCACCUCUAAAACUACAAACUCUGAGAAUAAAGCGCCCGAUGCAGUCACUUCUUCAACCAAAUGUAAAGCUGAGAAGGACACGGCACAGCUGAAGACCUACAAAGUGAUGACAGCGUUGCUCUUCUGCAUAUUGCUCAUCCUUUUCCUGAUGCGCUUCACCAGACCGACUGUGAAAGCCCUGCAGAAGAGAUUUUCAGACAGGAGGCAGAAUCGUUGGAUAGGACCAACACAGAGUCACAGCGUGUCUUAUCAUCGAGGGAAAACUGCAGUUACAAAUAAUGAUGGAGAUAAGAGACACUCCUACCCUGCUCUGGAUCGUUUGGUAAUCUCUGACAGCAGAGAGCCUUCAUCCAAUAGGAACAGUGACUACAACCUCUGACUUGCAUCUUCCUCCAUCAUCUUCCUCCGUCAUCUUCCUCCGUCAUCUUCCUCCAUCAUCUUCCUCCGUCAUCUUCCUCCGUCAUAAUCACUGUCAUCAUUGUCUUAUGUGAGCUGGAAAUGUAGUAUAUUUUCAUUUGUAACUAUAUUUCACCUAUUUUGUGAGUCUAUCAAGAAGUCACAAAUUUAGCUUCAAAGUUAUGUAAAAGUGAGUUUCAUUGUGCCUCACCACUGUGAGAGAUCCACUGUGAGAGAUCCACUGUGAGAGAUCCACUGUGAGAGAACAAAAACAUUGCACAGGGUCUCAUCCCUGCCUUACAGACGGCAGCUACAACACCAACCCAAAAACUGUAGACCCCACACACACACACACACACACACACACACACACACACACACACAAUAUUGUAGUAGAUAAAAUCCAAAUCAAUUCUUGUUUUGAAAGUGACGUCAUUGCUGUGCAUUAAGCCACCCUGGAAAAGAACAAAGGAGUCAUUAAAGGAGCUUCAUCAAAUCAGACAUCUGUUUAUAGUUUGUUGUCAAGUGCCAAUCAUGUUUAUAUCAAUAAAACAUACAGGAUGUAGCACACACAGAUCUCCAAGUUUACAUUAAUGUAGUUGAGUUUUUUCUCAAUCACACAGCUAUAAAAUAACAUCAUAUAUAACCUUAGUGCAAAGCUGCCCAUGUUUCUGUGUCUGAAUGUAACUCUGUUUCUUUUUGGUUACACCACCUGCAGCUUUGUCCAAAUUACUCUCGACACUGAAACAUUUUUACAUUCAUACAUGUUGUGCAAAGCCUGUAACUUAACCAUGAAUAAACAUACGACAGAGACAGGACCAUUUAAAUCAUUUCUACAUCUCUGACCUGAGUUGUCGCCCUCAUCCUCUCAAACUUUAACAAAAUCCUUUGUCCUGUUUUGCAGAGCCUUAUCUCCAUCACAGUUUAGUUUUAGUUCAGUUUAAUCUAUUAAUAUCUCACACAUAAACAUUUUAAUUAGGGUCUCUGCCCUACAGUGUGAAGCACCUUGAGACAACUUCUGUGUUUAAAUAUAACUAAAUUGAAUAAAGUUUUGAAUUCAUCACAUUCUGACGUGUUCAUGAACAACAAACUCCUGGGUGGAGUUCGGCUCACAUCACCCAAUGAUUCAGAAGAAUCCACCGAGCAAUUAGAAAUGUCUAAAGUUGUUUUUUAAUUUAUUGUUUAAUAUGAAAGUUAGACAUCAAGAAGGAUUGAAAACAGAAAAAGCACUCCAGUUUUUUAAAUGGUAACCUGCAGAUAAAUGUUUUUCUGUGCUUUAUUCUAUUAAAUAUUGUGUCUGAUUGAGUAUAACUUUAGUGUUCGUGCAGGUAGCGGCCUCAGCGGCUUCACAGUACUUUUCACUUUACUUUUUACUUUGCUUGCUUACAAGUUUCACAACCUGAACUCUUUGUGCAUGAAUAACCAACGAUGACCCUGAGAACUGCAGGAACAAUCUUCAACAUGUUGUAAAUAUUCUCCUCAUCAAAAGAUGGAAAAGAACAAUUGGAGUGUAACAUGGUAAUAUAGCACUGUUU